CGUUUAACCGAGGCUUUGAAUCGAAUCUAUUCGGAAGCCCUCGACUCUGGCAUAACCAUGAUCGGGGUUAUUCGGGUUUCUCCGGACCUAAAGCUGAGGCGCUGAGGCGCUUGGGUGUUUGGAGCUAGUCCGGGACCGGAAGUGCGUGGGCUGCCUGGCUGGCCUUGCUUAGGGUUUUCAGGAAACAUGGAAGCGGUGGCGAUAGUUGGAGCUUAAGCACCCUUGUGAUGGUCUCUCGGUGCCCUGUGACAGGAAAGGGGAGGAUGCCACUGGAAUCAUCAUCAUCUUCGAUGCAGCUAUCCUUCCCUUCCCCCUUACCCUCAGUGCCAGACAAUUUUACUAACUCUUCCCCUCCCCCAAUGUCUUACAUCACUUCCCAGGAAAUGAAGUGUAUUCUUCACUGGUUUGCCAGUUGGUCAGGUCCCCAGCGUGAACGUUUCCUACAGGACCUGGUAACUAAAGCAGUGCCAGGAAAAUUACAGCCAUUGCUAGAAGGUCUGGAGCAGCUUAGUGUGUCUGGAGCCAACCGACCACCUUGUAUCUUUGAGUGCCAACUACGUCUUUGGGAUCAGUGGUUUCGAGGUUGGGCUGAGGAGGAGCGCAAUGAAUUUGUCAGGCAGCUGGAGGCCAGUGAGCCAGACUUUGUGGCAAAGUUUUACCAAGCAGUGGCUGCUACAGCUGGUAAAGACUGAUAGGCGUUAAAAUCAGAGACGAUAACCAUAGUUGAUGGAGCUGAAGCCACUUUACAGUGAGAACUUCAGAUGUGCUGCUUAAAGGUGUGGGGAUAGUAUCCUGAUUUGCUGACUGAACCUGCUGACCAGUACAGGCCUGGUUAUUUCAGUGUUAAUAGCACAUCAGCUGGACUCCUAGUGUAAAUGUUUUCCAUCUAAGCAAAUCCAGAUCAGCGGACUGCCUCUAGCUGACUUCUUUACAGGAGAUGUCAAACUCUCAAGAAUUUAAUGGCUUCUUUUGCAACUAUAACCAAAAGA